CUCACUCGCCGCCGUCUUGCCGCUAGCCUGUCUCACCUCGCGGCCGGCAGCCUUGCGCGACGCGCCGCGCUCUUUCACAUUCAAAAUUAUUCGCAAUCAUUGCAAAAACUCUCUGUGCAAUAAAAGUAUCUCAUCACUCGCUGCGGCCGCAUUUAUUCUGAAAGCAGAGAGAUUGUUUAAAACUUUUUUAAACAAAUUACAUACCUUUGAAAGUUUGAAUGCACUCCUCGUUGCAUGUCGCGCGCGUCGUUAUGAGAACCCCGUACUGGCGGUCACGUUGACGUCGCGCGGUGCCGCCAUAUCUGUCUCGGCCACCAACUAGCAAAAUUAAUAGGCUUCAAAAUUCGGUUCACAUCACUAGAAGAAUGCGAUGACCCGAGCAUUCGCUUUUUAAAAAUCCGCUUUUACCCGGAUGGAAUGAGGAGUGCAGAAUCCUAUUGUUUCACAGUUUCUUAUGUUUGAACAUCAUUUGUUUUUUUGUUUUUCGGACUAAAGAGUUGUCAUUUCUUCCAAAAUUACAAAAAAUUGUAAAAUAAGAAUGGCGGAGGGCAAUGGAGAAAUAUCCAUUGAAGAGAUCCCCGGCAAAGAGGAUGCUGGCCGAACUCCGGAUUACCGCAAACUCUUAGAAUAUGGCUUGGACCCAAAGGUAGCAACCAAGCUCGACGAUAUUUAUAAGACUGGAAAACUGGCGCAUGCGGAGUUGGACGAGCGUGCGCUGGACGCCUUAAAAGAAUUUCCAUCCGACGGUGCUUUAAGUGUUCUUGGACAAUUUUUAGAUUCAAAUCUCGAGCAUGUAUCUAAUAAAAGUGCUUAUUUAUGUGGAGUUAUGAAGACCUAUAGACAGAAAAGCAGAGCGGGAGUGCAAGGCGCGCCCGCACUGGCGACUGCUGUUCAGGUCAAAGGCCCCGAUGAAGAGAAGAUCAAACAAAUCCUCGCGCGGACCGGAUACACGUUAGACGUCACUACAGGUCAGCGCAAGUAUGGGGGCCCGCCGCCGGGCUGGGAGGGCGGCACGCCCGGCGCCGGCUGCGAGGUGUUCUGCGGCAAGAUCCCCAAGGACAUGUACGAGGACGAGCUCAUACCGCUGUUUGAGCGCUGCGGGAGCAUCUGGGACCUGCGCCUCAUGAUGGACCCCAUGACGGGCACCAACCGCGGCUACGCGUUCGUCACCUUCACGUCGCGCGACGCCACGCACCGCGCCGUGCAAGAGCUGAAUGAUUAUGAAAUUCGAAAGGGGAAAAAGAUUGGCGUUACGGUUUCCUUUAACAAUCAUCGUUUAUUCGUGGGAAAUAUCCCUAAGAAUCGAGAUCGGGACGAUUUGUUUGAGGAGCUUACUAGGCACGCACCCGGACUCGUAGAAGUUAUAAUAUAUAGUUCGCCCGAUGACAAGAAGAAAAAUAGAGGAUUUUGUUUUUUGGAAUACGAGUCUCACAAAGCGGCGUCGUUAGCUAAACGUAGACUGGGAACUGGUAGAAUAAAGGACGACUUUGUGCAGGUAUGGGGCUGUGAUAUUAUAGUGGAUUGGGCCGAUCCUCAAGAAGAGCCCGACGAGCAAACUAUGAGCAAAGUGAAGGUGUUAUAUGUUCGAAACCUGACGCAAGACAUCACAGAAGAGGCGUUAAAAGAAGCAUUUGAAAACUACGGUGCCGUUGAACGUGUUAAGAAGAUAAAGGAUUACGCUUUCGUCCAUUUUGAAGACCGAGAUUGUGCAGUUAAGGCGAUGCAAGAAAUAGACGGCAAGGAUAUGGGAGGUGCGCGACUGGAGGUAUCGCUGGCGAAACCACCUUCAGACAAAAAGAAGAAGGAAGAAAUACUACGGGCACGCGAACGUCGCAUGACGCAGAUGAUAUACGGACGCGGGGGAUUUGAUUGGUGCAGCUGCUCGCCGGUGCACGGAGUGAUGCGCGGCCGCACGCCGCAGCCGCAGCCGCGUCCUCCACAGGCGCGCGGUGACUACGAUUAUGAUUACGACUAUUACGGGUACGGGGAUUACCGAGGUGGCUACAAUGAGCCAUUUUACCGGUACGAUGAGUUCUAUUUUGAUUACGCGGGGCCACCGCAACCGUCCGCCGUCCGCCAGCCUCCCAACAGAGCGCAACCGGACGACGAGCUCGCUCUCGGGCCCAACUCGCUUUACUACGAUCUAACUGGAGGCAUUCAGGGGGCUGGGUCAUGUGGGACAGCCGCGCGAUGGGCGCGGCGCGGGGCCGUGGCUGGGGCCCGUGGUGGUGCGCGACGCGCCGCUCGUGGCCGCCGCACGCCCAGCGCCAUGCGUGGCAACCCGCGCGCCAAGCCAAGUUUACCAGGUAAACGCAAGCUCGACGGGGGUCAGCAGAUCGCUGGGGGGGAGCGCGAGAGCAAGCGGCGGCUGGGCGCGGCGGCGGCGGCGGCGCGCGGCUGGGCGGGCAGCUAGUGGCCGCAGCCGCACGCCGCCGCACCGCAGCCGCAGCCGCGCCGCAGCCGCCGCGCGGUGGAGCCCCUGUCCGGGAGACACUACAAGCUGCGCAGGGGAGCACUCGCACCGCGCCGCCACGGAGCCGCGGUCCCGGUUACGUUCACGCCGGUUCCUCCGUCCUAGAGCUGCUAGCGGAAGAACCGUUCCACUUUUUUCUAUAUAUGUGUUUUUUUUAUUUGAUUUUCACGUUUUCGAUUUUGUAUCGCGACGAUUCCGUAAAAAUCUUAAAGUAGGACGUUAUGAAAUGUUUCGAAUGUAAGUUUCCCGUUAUGCUUAUGUUUCACCGUCGUAUUAGCCGUACGUGUUUAUAUUCUUUAUUGCGGAGGGCGCGCGGCCGCGUUGCUGUUGGCGCCGCGCGCGGGGUCGGCGACCCAUCGACUGUCUGUUUUUUUUAAUACAUGUUAUUCAAUAUAUUUUAUUCCUGCGAACGCAUUUUGCGAUGUGAUGUGUAUUUUAGCAGUAAUUAUUAUAUUAUAAGGAGUUUGACUGUUGUUUUUUGACAUACUUACAACGUAGGUUACUGAGAUGAAGUUGAUGAAAUGAAAUAAUGAACUCGCGACUCUACCGAUUACGGCUAAAAUAAAACAAUAUUGUAAUAUCGAUAACAUUUCCCAACUGUGUUCCUGCUUUAGUUUUUUGCUUUAUUUUUAUUACAUAUUUCCCUUUAAAAUACAUUAGUGUGAGGAAGUAGUAUUGUAAAGUUCAGGAUUUCUGCAAUGUUUAUUAUUAUCGCUGUACUACUAAACUUUUUUGUAUUUCGACCACAUAGCAUGUCCAUACUGUUAGAACUCUGUAUCAAUCUUGUAUCAGUUAAUAUGUGGAAUAAAUUUGCAAAACUGUGUUUGCCUUAUUA